UGUUUUGUUUUGUUUUCAGUUUAGUUUAGAAUAUCAAAAUAUUUUACCACAGACAUAAAUACUUCAAUUGUAUGAUUAAAUAUAUUUGAAAAGCUCUUUUGUGUCUGUUAAAGCAUUUUUACGACAAGCACAAACUUAUCAUAAUCAUGAUAUAAAAAUGUUGAUAUGGUUGAAAAGUGUUCAUUAAAAACUGUCUUGAAAAAAAGUUGAACCGAUGUAAGAAAAUGAAUUUUUCAGCUACUGUCAAAUUCUCAUCUAAAAAAGGAUGCUUUGUCUAUAUUCCUGAGGAUUGGUUAACUAAUUGUAAAUAUGAUAUAAAAGCCUUCAAGCUUCUUUAUGGUGAAAAUAAAGAAGCAUAUAUUUCUUGCUUGCCUACUAAGCUAAUGAUAGAUCCAAAUCCAUAUAUUUUAAUUAAUGCUAAAUUUGCUGAAAAAUUAGAGCUUAAAGAGAAGGAAAAGGUAUUUCUUCAACCAUUAAACACAUGCCCUUCUAAUGUUCAAGAAGUUAUGAUAGAGCCAUUGACUGCAGAUGAUUGGGAAAUAUUGGAAUUAAAUGCAAAGAUUAUUGAAAGAGAUUUGAUGAAUCAGAUUCGUAUUGUUUGGAAAGGCCAGGUUUUCCCAAUAUGGGUGAAUAACACUUCUAUAUUUGUUAAAAUUGCUCAAACCAAUCCUUUAUCUCAGCCGCUUUUGUUAGCAGAAUUCACAGAGUUACAUAUUGUACCUAAGGAAAGAAAGUCCACUGAGUUUCUAAAAUCGCCUGAAUCUGAAAAGUCCACUAGAAAGUCAUCUCCUUAUUCUCAAUUCAUGCAUCUUCGUAAAAGCAAAUAUUCCACUCCUAAAUCACACUACUUUGAUCCUACCAGAGAGAAUGGUAACAGUGAUACCAAUUCUUAUGACUUUGAAACUAAGAACCUUUCCGCUGCUGUAAGAGCUCUUUCACUUUUUUCUUCUUUUUUUUCGUCUCCUAUUGAAGAAAAAACAGAAAGGUCUGAAGAAGAUUUUGAGUCACUGAAUCUUGAAGGAGUUCUGCGAGUGAUACCAUAUAAAAGAUCCGAUUCUCAGGUGCUGCCCAUUGCUGUUCGAGCUACGACGGUUUUUAUCUGUGCCUCUACCUACAUUGAACUCUGCGGUAAUGACGAAGAAAUCCCUCCUUGCUUUGUCGCCAUUUUGCAAAAGUAUCCUUCUCCCGAGAGCAGGAAAGAUAAGAGCAAAGGUGCUCAACAGAAGUUGUCUAAAGAUGCUAAAGAUGGACCUUCCAGUGAGCCCAGUAAGCCUUUAGAGAAGAAAAGAAGUAAAUCUAGUGUGAUACCUACGGCGGAGGAACGGCCACCCCCUUUCAAUUCUGUGACAGUCACAGUUAUGGUUGUGAAAUCUUCUGAAGAGGAUGAGUUCAAUUUGCCUUUGAGUUUAUUUUAUUCUAGAAAUUUGAUAGUUGUUCCAAGAGAGUUGAAAAAGUGUCUUAAUUUAGAAGUUGCAUCGCUGGUUCGAGUGCAGGGAGUUCAGAGCAGUCCUAUUUGUUUGAAUAAAAUAGUUUUACAUCCUGUAGGUAGUUUGCCUCCAAAGGUGACUGAUGAAAUAUUAUCUGCAAACUUUCACAAUUGGGCUUUUAAAAGUGAUGAUCCCCUUGAUGCAUCAUAUGUCAUCUCAGAUGGAACUCUAGUUAGUUUACGCAUUUAUGGACAAAAGUAUGAAUUUUUUGUGAGUUUAUUAGAAAAUAUUGAAAAGAGUGUGACCAUAAAUUCUUCAUCUCUGAGCACUACAUCAUCUGUUAGCACACCUGAACAAAAGCCUGUGUCAGAGUAUCCACUUUAUGGUUAUAUAAAUCAGAGUAAUAUCAGUAAAAUUAUUCAGAUUGCUGGCACUCAAAUGUGUAACUCAAUUCAUGUUGAUCGUCCAUAUUUAAGAAAUCCUGAUAGUUUAUAUUUGGAUUUUCCCGCACCUACUUUGGAGGGUUUAGGGGGUGUGAAGAAGCUGUCUGAACAAGCUUUUGAAAUAUUAGAGUUUUGGCUAAAGCUUCGACCUCUCAGUUAUGUUUCAAAUCAUCCAAAUACUUUUAAUGGAAGCUUAUUAAUCUGUGGUCCAAAAGGUGUUGGUAAAAGUUCAUUUGCUACAGCUCUUUGUAAGAAAUUAGCUAAUCAUUACCAUGUUUUUGUUAAAAUCAUCUCUUGCUUACCAUAUAAAGGAAAGCGUGUAGAUACUAUUGCAAAAAAGUGGGAUGAGUGCCUUAUAGAAGCAGCUUAUUGUCAGCCAUCAGUUAUAUUGUUUGAAGAUCUUGACUUUAUUGCUGGUUGUCCUACAUCACACGAACAAGAAGCUGGACCUGAUGGAUUGUAUUUUUCUAAUAUUGUACAAGCUUUCAUACAUUUAGAGAAUAAAGUGAGAAAUUUUGAUGGCAAAUUGUGUAUCAUUGCUACAGCCCAGUCUACACAUUCUCUUCACCCUCUUUUAAUGAACACAAAAGGCAGGCAUAUAUUUCAUCACACCAUUGACAUUAAACCUCCAGAUGUGGAAGAGCGGGAAGAAAUUUUGUGUUCUCUUGUAAUUAAAAAAGAUCAUAUCUCUAAUCAAAGUAUUGAAUCUGUCUCUUGGUCAAAAGUUGCUACUAAAACAGAAGGCUAUGUUGCACAAGAUUUAGAUUCACUGGUCGAUCGAGCUACCCAUGCUGCUUGGGUUAGAAAUGCUGAUAGUGAUAAAGCACUUGAAGUGAUAUUAAAUGUGGAAGAUUUGGAAAUGGCAUUGGAGGGGUAUAUUCCUUCUUCCCUGCAGGGAAUUCCUCUUCAAACACAUGAGCACAAGUCUUGGCAGGAUGUUGGAGGUUUAAGUGAUGUAAAAAAAGUUGUUCAGCAAAUUAUCACUUGGCCUAUAAAGUACAAACAAAUUUUCAAGAACUACCAUUUGAAGCCACAGACUAAUAUUCUAUUGUAUGGGGCUCCUGGAACAGGAAAAACUUUGCUGGCAGGAGUAAUUGCGAAUGAAUGUGGACUGAAUUUUAUUAGCAUAAAAGGUCCUGAACUUCUGUCUAAAUAUAUUGGUGCUAGUGAGCAAGCUAUUAGAGAUCUUUUUAAAAGAGCUACAGCAGCAAGACCUUGCAUUCUUUUCUUUGAUGAAUUUGAUUCUAUUGCGCCUAGGCGUGGUCAUGAUAGCACAGGGGUAACUGAUAGAGUUGUGAAUCAGUUAUUGACUCAGUUAGAUGGCGUGGAAUCAUUAGAAGGUGUACACGUGUUAGCUGCUUCUAGUAGACCUGAGUUGAUUGACCCUGCAUUACUGAGGCCUGGUCGUUUAGACAAAUGUAUUCUUUGCCCACUUCCAUCUGAAGAAGAGAGACUGGACAUUUUAAAAUGCUUGUCCUCCAGGUUGCCUUUAAAUGAAGAUGUUGAUUUUCAAUUUAUUGCUGCUAAAACAGAAUAUUUUUCAGGAGCUGAUUUACAGGCCUUAUUGUACACUGCUCAUAUUGAGGCUCUGCAUGAUGCUCAAAGCUCAUCCACUAGACGCUAUUCAACUGGUUCUAAUGAUUUAUCGUACAAAGUUGCUAGCAACAAAUUACUUUUUAUGCCUGCAAUAGAAGAAGGUUUAAAAACUCCUACUUAUGAAGAUGGCCAGAAGAUUAUUCAAGAUGUUGCUGUAAUUAAAGAAAACUUCUAUGGUAUUCUUGAAAGGAGGAACUCCAGGAGAAGGAGCACUCUAUGUGUGUCCAUCAAUCAGAAUAAUUUAUUGAAAGUUGCUGAUGAGAUGAAACCAUCUGUUUCUGCACAAGAAAGGCUGCGCUAUGAAAAAGUGUUUCAAAACUUUCAGAAUGGCUUAAGUGGGGAACCUGUGACUAAUGUUGUUGAAAGCUUAAAACGAGUUACCCUAGCUUGAAACGUUAAAGGGAAUUAUUUUGUAUUUCCAAUUGAAUUAUUUAUUUAUUAAAUUUACUUAAAAAAAAGUAUUUUACUGUACUUAACAAUAUGGAGAUUU